GUACAUGUCUGCAAGGGUAAUUGUUCCUAUUGUAGAAAGAAAGUUGGACGGGAUAUGUGGGCUGUAUUUAUUAACUUAAAGAGCGACUUUUUGACAUACAUUGUUGAUUUUAUGUUAUGAAAUAUAAAAAUAUACCUGUUAUUCAGCAUUGAAGAUGUUGUCACCAAAAAGAUUCAUGGUGAGUGUAAGACGUUUAAGUAAGCAUUUGCACCAGCUACAAAAACUUCACAAAAUUCCUCAGCAAAGUUUAAGCUCUUCAUGUGAGGCUGAAGCCCAUAUUUGUAUAGUGGGAAGCGGACCAGCCGGAUUCUACACAGCUCAACAACUGCUGAAAGCUAAUCCAUCUAUAAAGGUGGAUAUCUAUGAGAAGCUGCCAGUACCAUUUGGUCUUGUCCGCUUUGGAGUUGCCCCUGAUCAUCCAGAGGUUAAGAAUGUAAUCAACACGUUCACCCAGACGGCACAAAAUGAGCGAUGUUCGUUCAUCGGGAAUGUGGAAGUGGGUCAGGACAUAAGUGUGACAGAGCUGAGAAAACACUACACUGCUGUUGUUCUGUCAUAUGGUGCAGAGGAUGAUCGAAGGCUGGGAAUCCCUGGUGAGGAUGCACAGAAUGUGAUAUCAGCGCGAAACUUUGUUGGCUGGUACAAUGGCCUCCCGCAGGAUAAAGAUCUGUGUGUGAACCUGGAUACAGACACAGCGUUGGUGCUUGGACAUGGAAAUGUCGCCCUCGAUGUAGCUCGUAUCCUCCUCACCCCCAUAGACCUUCUCGCGAAAACUGACAUCUCUGAGUGUAGCCUGGAGGCAUUACGUAGUAGCCGGGUGCGGCGCGUGGUGCUUGCUGGAAGACGGGGCCCACUGCAAGUGGCAUUCACCAUCAAGGAGCUACGGGAAAUGAUCCGCCUGCCAGACACACGCCCAAUACUCCACACACAUGACUACCAUGGCCUCCAGGAUAUCCUUACAGACUUGCCACGACCCAGGAAGAGACUGACUGAGCUGUUGUGUAAGACAGCUUUGUCCCCAGGGGACACAGACAAAGGGCUUUGGGGGCUGGCAGCAAGGGAAUGGGAACUCAGGUUUUGCCUCUCACCCCUCCAGGUCCUCACCCAGGGGUCACAGGUCACAGGGGUUAAGUUUGGGGUCAACACGCUUGAGGGCCCUGACAUGUCAAGCCAGCGAGCGGUGUUGACAGAGGAGACAGAGACCAUUCAGUGUGGGCUUGUUCUGCGGAGUAUCGGGUACCGUAGCACUCCAAUUGACUCUUUGGUGCCAUUUGAUGAAGCACGAGGUGUGAUAUCCAAUGUCAGGGGCAGGGUCACGGGAGAGACUGGUCUGUAUGUGAGUGGCUGGGCAGGACGGGGGCCUGUCGGGGUCAUUGUCAACACGAUGUCGGAUGGCUUUGAUGUCGGGAAGACUGUGCUACAUGACUUACAGCAGGGAAUACUGCCUGUUCAUGUGGGCAGGAACGCUGCUCUCGACAUUCUCAUGGCUCAAGGUGUGCAGAUAGUGAAAUUUAAUGACUGGGGAAAAAUUGACAAUGCAGAGAUGUGUGCUGGGGAAAAGGUGGAAAAACCUCGCGAGAAGCUCACAGACAUAAGUGCCAUGCUGCGUAUAGCUGCAACUUGAACAUGGUUGUUAUGACAACCACAUACAUUUUUCUGCCACAAUAUAAACAGAAGACUUUGAAUAGCCAUUUCAUGAAGAUGAUAAAUUAGCCAUUUCAUGAAGAUGAUAAAUACGAUGGCACACUUCACAGUACACUACAGCUGUAAAUAUCUACAAAGUCUACAAUAUGAAGAUACCGGCUAAUCAACAGGAUAAACACUACUAUUCUGAUUGUAACAUGUAUUGUGAGGACCUUGUGAAAAUGAAUUAUGAGUUAUAAGAAUAAUCAUGAAUAAAUAGACAAUACAAUAUGUGGCUUGAUGAAAGGACAGGCUCAGGACUGGUUGGUACUGUUAGUUAUAUGGAAUUGUAUGCUAUUGUUAUACAUUGCCAUAUAGUGAUUAAACCUUACAAAAACAGUUUAAACGAAUAAAACUUU